AUGAUGCACAUGACCAAAAACUGCAUCAUGAAAGACUUGAAGGAAUUGGAAAUCAGUUUAACACUCAAUGUUCACCUAAUUCCCGGUAAUGACGGAUAUCAUUAUCAAGGAACCAUGCUCGGUCCACUUGAUUCUCCUUAUGAAAAUAGAAUUCUUCAAUUUAAACUCGAGUUUCCCGUGAAGCACCCAUUUGUACCUUUGAAAAUUCAAUUUAACACAGAAAUAUUUCACUCAAAUAUAUUCCUUAGUGGUGAAAUCUGUUUAAAUCUCCUGCAAGAAGAAUGGGCGCCAUCAUGCACUCUCUCGACAGCUUUAAUAUCCAUUCAAAGUGUGGUAAACGAUCCAAAUCCUAAUGAUCCAAGUAAUCAAGAAACUGCACAUUAUUAUCGAUUCAAUUGUGAAAAAUAUAGCCAAAUUGCACGUGAAUGGACAAAUAAAUAUGCAACUCCACAUGAUAUGUGUCAGAAAAUAUUUCAACUAAAGAAGCCACAAGAAAAGAAUUAG